AGGCGCGCAGGACGCGUAAAUAAGACGUCGACGUGCCGGGGGCACCCGGGGCCUGACGGGAUCGUGGCGGUCCGCGCUCCCAGCUCGGAACUGCGGCUACCUUUGCAGACGCUGUGAAGAUGGCGACGUCCCUGGGCUCCAACACCUACAACAGGCAGAACUGGGAGGAUGCGGACUUUCCUAUUCUGUGCCAGACUUGUCUUGGGGAAAACCCAUACAUCCGAAUGACCAAAGAAAAGUACGGGAAGGAAUGCAAAAUCUGUGCCAGGCCAUUCACAGUGUUUCGCUGGUGCCCCGGCGUCCGAAUGCGGUUCAAGAAGACCGAAGUGUGCCAAACCUGCAGUAAAUUGAAGAAUGUCUGCCAGACCUGCCUCUUGGACCUAGAGUAUGGCCUGCCCAUCCAGGUUCGAGACGCAGGACUGUCUUUUAAGGAUGACAUGCCAAAGUCGGAUGUCAACAAAGAGUACUACACGCAGAACAUGGAGAGAGAGAUUUCCAACUCGGACGGGACGCGGCCAGUUGGCAUGUUGGGGAAGGCCACGUCCACCAGUGACAUGCUGCUCAAGCUGGCCCGGACCACGCCCUACUACAAGAGGAAUCGGCCGCACAUCUGUUCCUUCUGGGUGAAAGGAGAGUGUAAGAGAGGAGAGGAGUGUCCAUACAGGCAUGAGAAGCCGACGGACCCGGAUGACCCCCUUGCUGAUCAGAACAUUAAAGACCGGUACUACGGAAUCAAUGACCCCGUGGCCGACAAGCUUCUCAAGCGGGCUUCCACGAUGCCUCGGCUGGACCCCCCGGAAGACAAGACCAUCACCACCCUGUAUGUUGGCGGUCUGGGCGACACCAUUGCUGAGACGGAUCUCAGAAAUCACUUCUAUCAGUUUGGAGAGAUCCGGACGGUCACGGUCGUGCAGAGGCAGCAGUGCGCGUUCAUCCAGUUUGCCACCCGGCAGGCCGCGGAGGUGGCUGCCGAGAAGUCCUUCAAUAAGUUGAUUGUCAACGGCCGUAGACUCAACGUGAAAUGGGGCAGGUCCCAAGCAGCCAGAGGGAAAGAAAAGGAGAAGGAUGGAACCACAGACUCUGGAAUCAAGCUAGAGCCCGUUCCAGGGCUCCCAGGAGCUCUUCCUCCUCCCCCUGCCGCAGAGGAAGAAGCCUCUGCCAACUACUUCAACCUGCCCCCGAGUGGUCCUCCGGCCGUGGUGAACAUUGCCCUGCCACCUCCUCCUGGCAUCGCGCCCCCGCCGCCCCCAGGUUUUGGGCCACACAUGUUCCACCCAAUGGGACCCCCCCCUCCCUUCAUGAGGGCUCCAGGACCAAUCCACUACCCUUCUCAGGACCCCCAGAGGAUGGGAGCGCAUGCCGGGAAGCACGGCAGCCCCUAGCACGGUGUCGCCGCUCGGGGCUCUGCGGAAGAGAGAGCGCUUGAAACCCCAGUAAAUGCAUCUUGGAAUAAACAUAUUUUUCCUCCCUUUGUAGUUUCCAAGGUAGCUGAAUGUAUUCAGAUGUGGGCAGUCGGAGAACGACAGCCAUGCUUCCCCGCGUGUGUUCGAAGGAUCGAUGGACCUGCAAUAAGCUGCCGUUAACACAUCUGGUUACCACUGUAACAUUGCUAGUAAAACUUAAUGCCUCUUCCCUUCCUGUGCCGGGGACAAGCCGCUGGGUGAAUUGGAGUGUCCUCUGGACUUAGCAUCUUGAUUAUAUGUUCAUUUUGUAUCUCGGGGUUGGGGGGCGGGAGAAAAUUGACCUGCAGUAAAGAAAACAAACAAAUUCUGACCACUUUUAUGUGCAUCGAGUAUUUUCCUUUUUAUCAUCUGGAAGAAGAUGCCUAGUACUCACCGUGGGUUGUAGUGGCCUGAGUGGGAUCCAGUGCUUCUGCAGCCACCCUCUCAGAGAGACAAGUGGAAGUGGCACCCGGCACAGCUCAGUUCUUUUCUCGCCCUCCUUUGCUCAUUUGUUACCAGAGGAAUCUGGCUGAGCGUUUUCCUUUUUGAUGCCACCAGAAAAGACAAACAUAAAGAUUCCUUCUUACUCCUGCCAAUCGGAUGGAAACCGGUGUCGGGGCUGCGUGUCACUGAGGAAAGUGUUGUUUCCUAGGAUGAAAUUAUUUUAAAUAUCUUAGGUAAAAUGUGUAACACACUGAAAGGAAAAGCAUUUUGUGUCUGAAAAGAAGACCUGGGACCUGCAGCUGGAGCCCGUGCAUUGCCUAUGGGGGUCUUCAGCCUCUCCUCUUGGUUCCCUGCUUCAGGCAGCGAACUCUGUGUGGUCUUAGAAUAUUCGGGUGUGAUUGAAUUGUAGAAGGCAAACAAACAAGCAAAACAAAAAGCGGAUGUUGUGUUGUGGUUGUGUUUUUAAAAAAAUUAAAACGGGUCAGUUUUCCAAA